UUAAGUGGCUCAUUAUGUAUUGUACCAGGAGCAGCACUCCUGAUUGUACAUGUAUUAUAUCAUCAUGCAUUGUUUAUACAUCAUCCCACUAGCCUUAGCCUCGAAUUACACUGGCCUAUUAAAAUACGGCCUGGAAUCGAGGCUACUACAGUCACUAUCUUGGAAGGGCGGCUAAUUCAUGAGAAUAUUGAGUCAAUUCGUGAAGUUUGACCUCACUAACCUUAUGUAUUUAACGCCACUAUUGGACUUGCACAUGUUUUUGAAGAACUUAGAUCACAUGACUCUGGGUCACAUGAGCAGAGUCACACGGCAUGGAUUUAACCCAGCUGUAGGUUAUCCUAACCCUUACCCUAGGUUAUAAUAACCCUAAAAUUACUCUGGAUGAUUAGCACAUGAUUUGCAACGUCAAGUUUGAGGCAGAAACCCUGUCCUUUGUGUUCAUUCGAAUCACAAUACAUUAUUGUUCUGCUAUGCCUUCUAACUUUACGUGUUUGCAGUUCAGUUAACUCGCUACAUUAUUUGAUUAGCUAUAGCACAAAAUAUGGUUGUUAUGACAAGGUACUGUUUGAGUAAAGGAAUUGACGAUUGGAGUAGUUAUAUACGUAUCACAGGUUGUUUCGACUGAACCUGGAGGUAUUUACUGUAUGAGGAGAGGCACUUUGACUACCGUAUAGCGCGAAAUUUUCGAGGCACUUAUAUUUCGUGGAUUGGCCUCUAAAAGCCAUUUCGUUGCACAAUGUUCGCGGAAUGACUGCUUACCGGAAGCCACGUCUUUAAAUCUUUGCACGUUAUAGCAGGUAAUUUAACAAUUUUCGUGGACUUAAUUUUAGUGUAGAAUUCUAACCCACAAAAUCCGCGAAAAUUAAGCCCCUCAAAAAUUUCGCGCUAUACGGUAUAAUUAUAGCGGUGGUUUUAUUAACCCAUUACAUUUUAUUACCUAUCACAAAUGGUUGUUUACACAGGCAAUGGAAGUUUUUACUGCUUGAGAAAAGGUACUUUGAUAAUCGCAGUAGUAUAACGAUUAAAAAAACUCCCAAAUGUUACUUUACUAUAAGCUGGUUUUUUUAACCCAAUGGUUAUAUACAUUUACCAAUUUAGGUUAAACUAACCCGUUUGUUGAUUUGAACCCAAUCACAUUUAGUUUCUAUCUAUCUGGAGAGCUGUCAGUCUGAGUGUUGUAGAUCUACAGAGUUUGUGAGCAACUGCUCCAUACAAGAAUCAGGUCUCGGAUAUGAAGGCGAAUCUUCUUAUUGCUAUAUCGGUUGGAAUGUGGUGGGCUGCCAACAGUAUCACGGCCAUCUCUUCGAAGAACUUUAUGAGAGGGCAAAGCAAACCCGACAAGAACUCUUGGUCUGAUGCAAGUAAAGAUUUUCGAUGGCUCGAAUUGACAUUUUUACAACAUCUGAUUGGUGCUAUUGUCUCCGUUAUGUGGAUAAAGCUUAUCUCUAGAAAUUCUAUAUGGCCUGCAGAUGCUUCUAAAAAAACGAUACUCAUAGCUUCGAUUGGCAAUGUUGCCGGGAACUUGGCGACGAAUGCAGCCUAUGCAAUGGUCAGCUCUAGCAUGACGCAAGUCGUAAAAGCAUGCGAGCCUCUGUUCAUGUUCGGCCUGUCUCUGGUACUCUAUCGAGACUACACAGUGCUCAAUUCCACAACACUUUUGGCGAUCAUCAUCAUGGUGGUUGGAGCUAGUUUGUUUGUGGCUUUUGACUCGACUUUUCUCGUGGUUGGACUUUUAGCUGCUCUUUGUUCGAACGUCGCUUUCCCGAUCAGAAACAUUUAUCUGAAGAGAUUGGGCAAGGUUUGGGACAGUGCUUUUCAGAAGUAUGCCGUUCUUUCGCUAAACAGUGUGUUUAUUUUAACCCCAUUUAUUAUCUCAAAAAUGGCUUUCUUCCAAUAUGUUGCUCUCUUGAAAAACUUACACCAAGGUGUGAUUUCAAGUUCUUUUCACUGCACCUACAACUUAGCCUCAAUCUACGUUCUACAACGUUUCACUCCACUAACACACGCCAUCUUGAAUCUCCUGAAACGUGGUAUUGUCAUCGCUGCCAAUCUAGCGUACUUUCAACUUCCUAUCUCCUGGAAAAUGAUUAUCGGAUUAGGUGCUGUACUCAUCGGUCUCUACAUCUAUAUCUACCGAAACUUAAGAGGUGAUAAGUUUUCUCCACCACAGUUACUCUUGGUGCUGGCUGCUGUCGGUUUGGGGUCAAUUUUCUUUAUACAAGGACCUGUUUCAACUGGCUCGACUAUCACAACAACAAAUCUUGCAAGCGUUGUUUCUGAGAACAAUAUUUCUCCUCUUGCUGAGAGUCCCCCUGCUGUCGCUAAUUUAAUACGCUCUGCUUGGGUAUAUGAUCGGCCGUUCUCGCACAAAAUUUUAUCAAAUUUGAACAGUCUGACAAAACGGAAUCCUGUUCUUGUGUAUUGUGGUACUUCACACUGUAUGAAAUCCAUUGCAGAUCUCUCAAACAAAAAGAUUUCCGCCGAGUUUCUUUUAAUUGGUGAACUUGUUCAAGAAACUCCUUUCGAAGAAUGGUUUUCGAAACACUUGUUUUACAAAGUUUUAGCCAAAGCAUCGUUUGAAGAACACCUGCAAGUAGUUGUGGGACUUGGCAUUCUAUGGAAGUACGGAGGAGUGUACAUUGAACCAAACGUUCAACUACAAGACAAACAAAACGUCCCUAUUCCCAGUUGUACGAAACCGUGGAUAGGACUGAACAAUACGAAGACUACUGUAGAACAUUUCAAACUGGCAUGCUUUCCAAAGCAAUACGCGUACAUCAACCAACUCGCAACCGUGCUCAACAACGAAUACUAUAAACCCUCUAAAAAGUAUGAUUCAGUGACUUCGAUUUCAUUCGAUGCUCAAACUGUAGGUAAGUACUUCAAAGCUGAAGAUCUGGUUAUAGCCACCACUAUUUUCAUGUACCGUUUCCUAUCACUGGAACCGGACGAACCAUGGAAUCAGCAUUACGGGACUCUUUCUUUUGAUGCGAGAGUGAAAAAAGAAGGUGGCGCGAAUGUUGGUGAUGAAAUUCAAGACUUUCCCGGUCUGCAAUUCCUUCCGUUUAUGGAUACUUUUCUCGAUCGAGAUAAUAUAAUUGCAACAACAAAAAAAGAUCAAGCCGUUACGGUUUUCCUCAACGCUUGGUGGGGAGAUAGUAGUGCUAGCUGGCCACCCCCAUCCAAUGUCCACCCUCUAAUGGUCUCAAUUCAUAUCUCCCCACCAAUGGCACCACAGUGGAGGGAAAAUGUUGCUUAUACGAUGGAAAGGGCACCGAUCGGUUGCCGAGACACUGUAACUCUUAAAAUGUUAACGGAUCUGCAUGUACCUGCGUACUUCUCAGGUUGUAUGACUUUAAUGCUUCAAGUGAAAUCUGAGAAAACUAAUGAGAUUUUUAUUGUUGAUGUGAAGGAGGAGUAUUUUCAAAUGCUUCCGAAAAAAAUCAGAGACAGGGGAAUCCGUGUGAAGCAUACAUUGGUGGGCCGUAUAAUCAGACAAGAUCUAUUUAUUGAAGCCUUCAAUUUAAUUGAACGUUAUUCAAGAGCUAAACUGGUUAUCACACAACGAAUCCACAGUGCUCUACCCUGCGUUGGUAUGGGGACUCCGGUGAUUUUUAUCAACUCGGAGAAAAUGCCUGGGGGUGGUGGUUCUAAAAAAGGCAGCUCCUCUCGUACUGUUGGCCUGACAACAAUGUUUCACACCUUGGAUAUGUUCAACACUACGAUAGAUGAAGCACCCAAAUGGUUUGCCAAGUUUCCCUGGGACGACCCACCACCUAAUCCCGAUGUGGCGACAAUGAUGCGUCUUCGAGCAACGGUUUGGUACGAGAUUCGUCAAAGACCUUCUCUGUUUGAUGCUGCCCGCAAGUUUGGUUUAAUUCCAUUGUCCCCUCCAACUCCUUGUAAGGAUUGCUUGCAGUUUCACUUUCACUUCCCAUCUCCCGAUUUCAAAUUUACUUGGCAGGAUCAUCGUUCCAUCGAAUCUGUAUUCCGUUACCAUCCGUGUGCCAACGUUCUUGUUCAUAGUAACACACUCGAUAAUGGCCGUUUCGAUGUCUUCAGAGAAGCUGGCUACCAGAUAACAGUGACAAAAUACAAUCGUGAUAAGCUAUUUAGCAGAAUAUUCUCGCUUGAACCUCACCAAAUUGAUUUCUUAGAUGACAAUUUGGAUAAGUUUAUCACCCGUGCUCUAGUACUGUACAAUUGGGGUGGUUUUUAUAUGGACUCGAACGUGAUUAUCACUCGAUCUCUAGAAAAACUUGCGAAAAAUUUCCUUGCAUGGAGUGACGAGUCUAAAUCCAAAAUUGACCUGUCUUUCAUGCGUUUCAAGAAAGAAAACAAACGUCUCAAAAUGUUGGUUUCCCAAUAUGCCUCGGACAAGUCAAGAAAUUCCAAUAUUUUCUCGAAACUAAUUGAUUGGUCUAAAAACAGUAUAGUAGAAGUGCUUGGAUCUGAUAAGUACAACAGCGAACUGAGUGUCGAGAAAUGCUAUGAGAUGAAUGAUGAUACCGAAGCGUUCAAGAAGGAAGUACAUACGUCGUUAGUGGCCGUCUCCCUUCCUUCUGACUACUCGGUAACCAAAGCAACUGGUACUAGUUCUACUAAGCUGAAGUAUGGAACUAUUUGCCAAUUGUUGCUUGGAGACUCUUGUGUCUUUUGUAGCAAACUAUUACAUGUUUAGUAUAGACACGGCUGCAUUUGCACACGAAGGGUUUAGUUACAAUUAGCUAUGAUCUUUAAUUUGGAUUCUUAUAUUGAUAAAUAAAAUCAUGUUUGUUAACAGCAAUGACGUUUAUAAUCUUUAAUUCUUUUUAACUCUUUCUCAUGCAUGCAGCUAUAUAGAAUAUUCUAUGUGUUUUAUUU